ACACAUCCCACACAGGCUGACUUGACACACUACAGGAAACAGCCUGUUCCUGUCACAUGGGCCUGCCUUUAUCAUACUGCACUUAUAUAUUUACUGUACAGCCGAAGGAUCAACUUACUACCAGAGUUUUUUUAAAAAAGAAGAAAAAGUUACUCUUUAGUUUGUCUCUCUCUUCUUCCAAAGAAGCAGCCUCACCGCCAGAACUGCACUUAAGGUUAAGGAGGCAGGGCUUGGUGGUGUGACCUUACCAGAGAAAGAAGCCAAAAGAAGAAAAGGACAAGUGGCUUCUUUUUUGGAGGAGAAGCUGCCUGACCUGAGGCAGACUGAAUCUUGGAGAUAUCUGCGUAAACAGAGGAGAAGAGACUAUGGUUCCCAUUUGGUCCAAGUGGCAAGACGUGACUGGCCAUUUCAGGAAACAAUAACAGGGAUCUUGAAUGAUGUGUGAUGUUCAAGAACUACGACAGAGACUUGCCGAACAUGACAUUCUGUCGGUCAACUCAGACUCCAGCACGGAAAACUUCCUGGAGGGAAUGGAAAUCCAGGAGUCUCUGCUUAGGGCCUUGCCCUGCUCCAUGAAAAAGAAGCAUUCCCUCAGAAAGUUGUUGAGAGCCUCCCCAGGGAAACAUGUAUCCUGCUGGGUUGCACUGUGUAAAAGACAGCGCUGGGUGCAGAGGCAGCUUCAAGAAGGCAUUUCAAAUUUUGCCAGGGUCUUCCAGCUUUGGAAAACGUCUCUGGAUGAGGUGGGAGGGAACUUUGGCUCUGGCAUCCAGUCCUAUUUCACCAUCCUGAGAUUCCUGCUGCUGGUCAACCUCCUGGCAGUGCUGCUGGCCUCGGGCUUCAUAUUGUUGCCUCUGGUUACUAUUCCUCGUAACGGGGCCAUCAUUCCUCAAACUCUGGAUGCAGGAUCUGAGUGUCUGAACUACAGUUGUGGUCUUGGCCAUCGACCCCCCUGGCAGCGUUUCCAGGACAUUUUCACUGGGGAGGGCUCUCUGGAGUGUUCCUACCUGUUUUAUGGGGCUUAUAGUGUGGGAGAAAAUGAUGACCGCCACUAUCUUGUGUGCCUAGCGUACCUCUUUAGCAUCUUGGGAUACCUUGUUGCCUGCUUCAUAUGGAUCUUCCAGCGGAUUGUGGCCAGCUUCAUGAACUGGCAGAUACUGCAGUGGGGAUUCAAGCCAUAUGUCAGUGCCAGGAUUUUUACUGAAUGGGAUUUCUGCAUCCAAAGCCCUGAGGCAGCUGCCCUCAAACAGAGAAGUAUUUACAAUGGCCUCAAGAUGGACUUGGCAGAGCAGAUUCGACAUUUGCAGAACCAGCAGAGGACGCGGAAGCAGCUAGCUCAGCUCUACCUGCUGCGCCUGCUGAUCAAUGCAGUUGUUUUGCUAUUGAUGGCCACUGCUUUCUAUUUCAUCCACUUGGCCACUGAGUCUUCCCAGGGCGACAGUCAGGAUGCAGCCCGUCUUGGCGUGUUGAGUCAGUACUUGCCACCUGUGACCAUCUCCGCAGUCAAUAUUCUCCUGCCAUUUGUUUUUCAUGCCUUGGCCCAGCUGGAGGGCUACUCUCCCAACACUGAAGUCAACCUCACCCUGGUCAGGUGUGUCAUCCUGAAGCUGUCCAGCCUGGCUAUGUUCCUGUUCUUCCUGGGCCGCCAGAUCCUCUGCUUGGGGGCCAGCAGUACUCCCCAGUGCCAGCCGUGUGGUUACAACAAAGUCUAUCAGUGCUGGGAAACCCACAUUGGACAGGAAAUGUACAAAAUGACCAUCUUCAGCUUCCUGACCACUUUGGCCUCUGCCUUCCUCAUCAGCCUGCCCCGAAGGUUGCUGGCCAAGCAUUCCUCCAGUGCACUGGCUCAAUGGCUUGGCAAAGAGGAGUUCCUGGUGCCCCACAACGUGUUGGAUAUUGUGGCAACUCAAACAGUCAUAUGGAUCGGCAUCUACUUCUGCCCACUCCUGCCUUUGCUUGGUUGUGUCUCCAUCUUCCUUACAUUCUAUAUUAAAAAGUAUACCCUGUUCCAGAACUGCCAACCUUCAACUCAGCUGUUUCGAGCCUCCCGAUCUAAAUUCCUCUUCCAGAUCAUGCUCCUACUAGGUCUCUUCCUGGCCUGUUCUCCUCUAAGCUAUGUUAUCACCAGGGUCCCUCCAUCCCAAGCUUGUGGGCUCUUUGCUAACUAUUCCGCUCCGUGGCAGACAGUGCCUGAGGCUGUAUCCCAUUUACCCACCACGGCACAGCUCAUCUUCAACUAUGCCACUUCCAGUGUCUUUUGUUUCUUGCUUCUGAUGGUACUCAGCCUCGUUCUUAUAGUAUUUGUUUCUCAGACGCAGGCAAAUAGACAGGCCAUCGAAAGGCUCAAGAGGCAACGGGUGCAGUAUGUCCAAGAAAAAUGGUGUUUGGUGAGGAAACUGGCUCAGCUGAUGGCAAAAUCACCAUGACGUUUGGGGGAAGGAAACACCGUGUUUUAAAACUGAAGUAAGAAAACAAGAAGCAGAUGCAAUGUGCAAGAUAUCACAACUGAAAUAACAAAUACAAGUGGGGCCUGAAGCCAAAUGUUGCAGUGAGAUGUGUGUCCUCAUUCGUGGCCUGUCCAGCUGGCCCUACGAACACGCCCUCCUUCAGGGAACCCCAUGACAGUGAUCCUACAUUUUUGUCUCAUUUUACGCCCUGAAUCUCAACAGUUCAUGGCCUCACUGAACUUGUAAUAAACUUUGGGUUUCCUCAUGGUUCUUCACUGUCAUAAGGAGAAUGGAUAUUUGUUGGACAUUUAAAUGCCUACCUUUGUCACCAAGAUGAAAACCAAAUUCAAAUAUACAAGGAAUUAGAACUUUGGGAGUGGACUCCAGCAUUUUUCUUACAUAGUGUGGUAUGCAUGUUACAGACAGCUGAAUUUAUGGAACAACAGAGCAGCAUUCUUAGA